GGAGCCUCUAAUUGUAGUUAUGUUAAAACUGUGUCAUACACAUUCCAUCAAUGGCCACACAAGGACAUGUCUUCAAACCGAUGGUUGACAACAAAGCUCCUAGGACAUAUCUGCAUUCCCAUCUAAACCUGAAAAAGAUUCAAAUGGAGCAGGAGCGUUUGAUGGAGAUAGAGCGAGACAACCGCCUUCUGGUGUCCAGAGUUGCUCGUACGAUGGCCAGAGGAGGCCUGGACAACUGGAACGAUUACCACCCCAAACCCAGCGUGAAUGCAGAUCUCAGGAACAGAGAGCUGGUGAAGAUUUCUCUGGAGAACCAGGCACUUCUUAAGAAGAUCAAUAUGACCAAGUCAGUGUAUGAUCACAAGACGUGGCUGAGUGACUUCAAAGUGACGAGAGGAUAUGUGACUCGGCUCUUAAAAUACCCAGAAAAUCUAAAUGCAACAAAAAAGGUCCGUCCCUUAAACCUGAUUAACUGACUACUCUGAUGGUGCUGUUAUUUUGACAGCUCAGUAUAAAAG